CCUUUCCUUGCAACUGAUCUUGAUUUAUAUUUAGCAGUGAUAUAGAUGUUUUGUAAAUAUUCAGUGUAUUUAAUGUAUAGUCACUUAGUUUAAGCAGCAAUGCUUUGAGUUUUUUUUUUUCAAACCAACAGUAUUUUUUGAUUUGUUGUCCAAAGUAAAAAAACAAAACUAUUUCUUUGUAUUAUUCCAGUCUAACAUGGUCAUUGAUUUUCUUUUUUUAUGUAUUUUAGAAUUUAAAUGAAUAUAUCACUGCAUUAAUAGUGCUGAAGCAAAAGAUUGUUGAUUCGGAUCAUCUGGUGACAGAGUACCGACAAAAGUGUGAUGAGCUUGAAAGAGUUGAAAGGGAGUCUGCUACACUUCAUCGUCAGCUUGAUGAACUGCUCUUAAAGAUGAAACCCCUGGAAAAACAAAAAGAAGAUCUGGAUUCUUUAAAGACUGAACUAGAAGAGAAAAAGUGCUCCAUUAAGAUGUACCAACAGACAUUUUGUGAAAUGCAGAUGCUCAAGGAUGAACAUACUAAAACAGAAGCUUUGAAAAAGAAGUAUGAAAUGCAAGCUAAAAAACUGGAAGAAACAACUGCCAAACAGAACAGUGAGAUUAAGCAGUUAAGGAAAGAGAAAAAACACUUGGAGAAGCAUUUAGAGCGCACACAGAAAAAUCUUGAGGAAAGUGAACGACGCAUUAAAGAAAAAGUUUUAAAACAUGUAAGCACUCAGAUAACUCCACCAAAGGAAGAUAGAAAAGAAAUCGACAAAAGUAAAGUCCAGCUCCUUUUACAGGAAAUUUGGAUGUGCAUAGAGCCUUCAGGUCCAGAAUCACAGUGGAAAGAAAACAUGGCUGUUUGUGUUGAGAGUGGUAAACAACUGAGAAUGCCCCCUAGUGUACAGAGCUCCAAGCCGAACCAGCAUCUUCUCAAUGAACUGGAAAAUCAAUUUCCUUGUCACAGUACUACAUCUCUCACUAGCCCUCUAAGAGACAUCUCCAGAGAAUCAUCUGUUCAGAGCAGUCCAUUAAGUUCUCCAGGUUUGCAGCAUACUUAUAUGUUGCCUGUUGAACCCAAAUCUAAGAAACAAAAGAAAUUGAAAAGGAAAGGCACCCGUAUUACAAAAAAUGAUGAUUUUAUUACUACAACUGCAUUGAAUGGUCAAACACCAGAACAUUCUGACAAAGAGCAACACAAUGAUAGUGAUUUUAUUCAUUCUUCUGAAGCAUUCAGUGCUGAUUCCUGUGAAAAUCUUGAAGAAAUAAUGAACUGUUUUGAGCCCUUGCCCCCACCUCUGUCUCCUGUACACUCUGUAGUGUCACAUAAUCAGGAAAAUUUAUUUGGUGACAUAUCAGAUUUAAGUGAAAUGGAAACCGAUGGUGAAGAAUCAUUUAUUGAAGUUGAAAAUGAAACUUUUAAGAAUAACAAAUCUGAACUAAGUAGUGAGGAUUCUGAGCACUUGCAAAAUAAUUCAACAACAAAAUGCAUAUCGAACUUUUCUGUGCUUACUACUGAAAUCUUCCAGGUAGACCCACACCUUAUAAAUGAAGCAAAAGAAUGUACUUAUAAACAAGAGGAAAAAGGUGAUAUUCAUGAUAAUAACUCUGCUUCCUGUGAAGAUAUUCAUCGUACUACAGAGAUACAAAAAGAGUUGGUCAAUGGCAGUGUCAGUUUCAGAGUGAAUAAAACCCAGAAUGAAAACUCGUCGAGGAUAAGUAAAAGUAGUGAUUCAGAAGACUGUGAGACAAGUUUGAAUUUUAACCCCAAUUCUAAAGUCUGUCUAAGUGAAGAAGUUACAACUAAAGAGCACAUUCUAGGCAUAACCAAUGAAAAAUAUGAUCUUUUGUCUCAAAGCAAUGCAGACUCAGUCCCAGAUGAAAUGGAAAUAAGCUUACAGGCAUCGGAAAACAAUACAAUUGAUUGUUCUUCAUUUCAGGAUUCUGUAUUUGAUAUAAAUUUGCAUGUAAAUACAUUUGUUUCAACAGACAGUUCAGAUCAAAAUAAACCAGAAAAAAGUUAUGAUAAAAUUACUCUCAGUAGCUGUGAAGAUGUUGCAAAUAAACACGAAGAAACAUUGAAUGAAGAUUCUCUUGAAAAUAAUUCUUCGAACCAGGAAAAGCAAGUUAACUGCAAAUAUGUAUUGAAGAAUUCAGCAGAUCUUAUGACUUAUGAGAAAUCCAUAAAAAGUAACACAACACACAUGAUCAGUGAUGGUGAAGCAAAGAAAGAAACAGUGGAGAGUUCUGAGAUUUUGUCAACAGUUACGGAAAGGGGCAUCAAUGAAACAGAACUAAAACACUCCGAUGUGAAAAAGCCAUAUAGCAGCUCUGUGGCUGAGAGUAGUUUGAAUACUUUUGACUUUAAGGUUCAUGCUCACUUGCUUAGCCAAGAUAUUAAUAUUGAAACAUUGACGCAUGACAAUCUCACACCACCAAAAAAGAAAGAGGAUUGUAUUUCAGAAAAUAGAAGUUGCAUCAAACAGAACUCUGUGAAUGUUGAAGUACAGAAUUUGCACUCCACUAAUGUAAUAAAUAAUAUUAAGGAUACCGAAAUGAUGCCAGAAAAAGAAAAGGUUGGUGAUGGAAAUCUGCCGUUACAAGAUAUCUUUGCUAAACACAGUUCUUCACAAAAACAAGAUAGUGGCCACCACCCGGAUGCUAUGCGACAUGAGUCUGAUGAAAUAAUUGCUGCAACAAAGAAAUACAGUCCUGGUCCUAAACCCUCUGUUGAUUCAGAGUCUUCUUUAGAAAUGGGAACAUUAAGCAGACCACCUAAUGUUAAAGCUAUAUUGGAAGUGCCUGUUACCUCUGGUUUGAAACAAGUCUCAGGAAUAAAACAUGAUUUUCAAAAUCAUAAAGUAUUAAUCGGAAAUAAUGUCUCUUUUAAUGGCACAUCUGAUCUAAAUUGUAGUGCUAAUGAUUCAGAAGGUGAACCCGAGACUUUUAUACCACAUAGAAUGCUUAAGAAACUGGGAAGCCAACGUCCACGAACCUUAUGUUUAAGUGAUAAUGGUUUGGGAGAGUCCGAGUUGUUAUUUGCAACAAAUUCUGUAAAUAUUCCCACUCUUGACCAAUAUAAAAAUAACAAUAAUGUUGAUGAAUCAGUAAAUGUAAAUCAGGGCAAUAAAGAUACACAGGAAGAUGCCAGUAGAAAGUCGGCUUUUAAAAUUAAUGUCAAUUUCUGUGCAACAAAAUUAACUCCCAAGUGUCAUACAGUACCAGAACUACAACAUUCAGAAAAUCAAGAAUCUGCUGAAUUUGUAAUAGAAGCAUAUGAAAAGUUAAUAGAAGUUAGAAGCCAAGAACCUAAUAUAAAUAUGUUUCUUUCUGGUCAUCAGGAUAGGAGUGACUCUGGAAAAUAUUUUGAACUUUUACAGUUUAAUGUACAUCAACAAAAGGAAAAGGACAAAGCGACUGAAAUAUCUGUAGAACCUUCCAGUAAUUCAAGAGCUCAGAGUAAUGUAAAUGAAAAUAGUAUGCCUUUGUGCACCACUCUUUUAUCAAAAACCCAAACAGAACCAACAGUGUCUGCAUUACCUACUAAUAGCAUAGUUUCAGGAUCUCACAAUAAUCUUGAUAAAAAUCCUACACCUGCAUGUACUAGUCUUUCGUUGGACACUCUAGCAGAAUCGGCAAUAAUCCCAUUACCUGUUAAAAUCAAGACCUCAAGAUCUCAAAGUAAUGUGAAUGAAAAUAGUAUGCCUGUGUGCACCAGUCUUUUGUCAGAGACUGAGAAAGAACCAACAGCAUCAACACUGCCUGUUGAAAGUACACCAUCAAGAUCUCAAAAUAAUCUUACACAUAGAAAUAGCACACCGCUGUGCCACAGUCUUUCAUUGAAUGGUAAGAUGGAACCAUCAAUAACUGCUUUACCUAUUAAAAUCACAGCAUCAAGUUCUCAAAAUAAUGUAGAUGAAAAUGGUGUUCCUGUGUGCACCAGUCUUUCAUCAGAUAUCCAGAAAAAAUCAACAGUAUCGACAUUGGCUAUUAAAAGCAUACCUUCUGAAUUGGACAAGGAAACAAUAUUAGCAAAGGAAAAAGGCUUAAAUAAAUAUGUCUACAACUCUGUAGAGAAUGAUGCGUCGGUUCCAUCAGCAAAAAAAAAUGUAAUGUUAGGCAUGAUGAAAGAGGGGGAAUUAUGUGGAACAAUUCCAACAGUGCAUGCUACUGCGGAUACUUCUACCUCAUCACAACCCUCUUCAGAUUGUCUAAGAAAAAUGCGAUCAGAGAUGGGCCCUCCACUUCCUCCUCUGCUAGCACCCCUUACAGCUACACCACCUCGAGUACCGAGACCUGUCUCUCCCCUUUCAUCUUCUUUCAUGUCACCAAUGGAAGAAUUGGUUUCCCCCUUAAAAGAGACACCUAUUCCUCCUCUUAUGUCUCCACUUUCAGACGUACAAAAAUGUAAAUCUCUAUCUUUUGACACUCCUUCACCUUCUGACAUGAAUAAUUUAGGAAGAAUACAAUCUUCUCCUUUGCAGUUUUGUGCAGCUACUCCAAAGCAUGCUUUACCUGUUCCUGGUAGGCUGCCUCAGUCAGCUGUUACUGCCAGCACAUCAUCUGCUAGUAUACAUCAAGAGAACUCUGUAAAGAUUUUGGACACAAUGUACCCAGAACUUUCUGCCCGUGCUAGAACUUUAAAUAUUCUUAAAGGGAAUGUCAAACCUAUCAGGUUUGUCCCUUCAUUGGACAGCAGUUUACUCGGACAAGGUAAUAGACUUUCAGGUUUUACAGCCAUUAACCCUUCUGCUACUGUAUUUACUAAAACAGUUAAAACCUGUGACUCUAAAAACAGCCCUUUCCAGCCUCCAAAAGAAACCACUGAAUCCAAAAGACUGAGUUCUGAUCAAACAAGGAAGAGACCCUUUGUUCUUUUGCCUAAGAGUGCUGCCAAGAAGCUUUGUUUAGAUGGUUAUUCACCAGUUGCCAAUAGGUUAAAUAGUCCAGUCUCUGCCUCCAGUGAUUCGGAGGCAAACAAACUUGACAACCCCCUUUCUGAGGUCAACAGGAAUGAAAAAAACAAUUUGCCGGAAACUGUGACCACUUCCAGCAUUCUGGCUGUUGGAAUGAAGGGACUUUUUGAAAAAAUUGAACAUUGCUGUUUUGAUUUGUGGCCUGUUGUCCAUAGUCAUAUCAUUGUUGGGAACAUUUCUGUCAUGCCAGUAAUGAGAGACGAAGAAAAGGAGGUUAUCUAUGAAAUCUGUGUAUCAAAAAAGCUGUCUGCAGAAGAAUUUCUUUCAGCUAUUGCCAUGAAAUUGAAAACUGAAAAAAAUAUCCUGAGUAAAAACUAUCUCCAAGCCCUUUGUCGUGUUUAUGUUGGAAUCUGUCGACAACUUGGGGACUUAGAAAGAGCACGAGUUUUCGCAUAUAAUGUUUUGAAAGAAGGCUUCCCAGAUUCUGAAAAGCUGGCUUUAUUCAUUGCAAGCACGUGGUGUGAUGUUUUCUCCAUGCAGGGUCUCAUUAAUAAAUCUGUAAUGUCUGUGAUUAUGGCAAGAGCUAAAGGAGAUAUUUUAAAGUGUUUCCAGGCAUACACACGCUCCAACAAGAGUACCCCAUGUGCUAUAGCACAGGUUGUUUCUGGUAUAUUCAUUGCCUUGGAAACUGGACUAAAUAUGAGAUUCCAGAGCCAUGAAAAAUACGGUGAAGAUUUAAGUUCUAAUGUAUGGGAGUACAUUUAUGCCACUGAACUUUUGUGUACCCAGCAGCAGUGGACAUGGACCCAUGACAAUUUAAUUUGCAAACAAAUCUGGCCACAGAUGGACAAGUGGAUUAAGCAAUUUAAAGCUUCAUCACAAACGAGUAUACCUGAAGUUAGUGUUGCAGCCAUACUACGUCUAAUUGGUCGACUUGGGCAGAUUGGUAUGAAGGAAGGAUUCUUAGCUUCUGUGAAAAAUGUUGCUAGUGUCAUUAACACUUUUGGCAGACAUUCUAAUAAAGAAGGUAUGCCCUGGGGUGUCCAGCUGGCUGCAUUCUAUGCAAUAUAUGAUUUGUCUCCAUGCAAUCCAAAAGAAGCAAUGGACUCCCUAGCAACGUGGCGAUCAGAAGUUUCACAAACAGUCCCUCCUGCUGUGACCAGCUGUCUGACACAGCUGAACUGUGUGUACCGUCAGAUGACAACUCUAACCUAAAUUUAGGGACACCACAUUAAUAUAUUGGUCAUAUUGUAAGUUGCACAAAAUCAUCAACAAAAAAUUGCACAGUUUAUUUCCAAAAUUUCUUUAAUAAUAAUUUAACUGCAGUGUUUCGCAUUUCAAUGUAGUUUGGUAAAAGUCAGAUUUUUAUGGCUCUUAUGCAAUUUUACAUUUAAAUGUACUGUAAAGUGAACUGUAUAUGCUGUAUUAUAUUCUGUAAAAAUGUACAGGACAUAGGCUUUCAUAAGUUUUUCAGUUAUUUGUUACUUUAUUUUUUGUAUUCUAAUUAUGUUAAUAUUUUGCUCUUUGUAAUGUUUUUAUAUUAAAAUAGACAACUGAUAGA